UAAUCUUGUGCUGUCAUUUGUUCUCGUCGCGCGCAUUGUAAAACUCGUAAAAAAGUUAAUUUUAUUCCGCAAAAAAACGUAAAAAUGGGGAAAACAAGAGCAUGUGCUGCCGCGAAAAAAAAUCGGAAUUCAGCGAAGUGUAAGAACUUGGAAUUUUUGACUGGGAAUGAAAAUUCCAAAGGGCAGCCGAAGGUCACACGAAAGGUUAUACUGCCAUCGAAGCCAAAGGUAGAAAACGAUCCUGAACCUUCUAUCGAUAAAAAGGAUAAAACUUUUGCCAUUGAACAGUUCGAUAAUCAACAGCCCGGAACCAGCUUUCACAAAUGCCCUCAGCAAGGGAAAAAGGCAAAUGCGCUGUCGACAAGUUCCGCUACUCCAGAUCCCGGGAAACAAGAUGAGUCAUCGCUGUUCAACUUGGGUGCCAGCACCAGUCGGCAGCAGAUUACCAAUGUUGCCAUGGACAUUUUGAUGGACUGGACAGAGUUCGAUACCGAAAACACCAGCACAACUUUCAGCGACAACUUGAAUAAGGAUGCCUCAGAACAACCAUCAAAACGGAUCGGGAAGACGUAUACUCGUCCGAAAACUGCGAAGGAAAAUUUGGCAAAUCGCCCAUCGAACUCUGAGCGGCUUGAGCAAACGGUAUCGAGUGAUAUUGUAUGUGUUUGUGGACAACAAGAAAAAAUAGCUGCGUUACUGAAGCAGAACAAAGAGCAGGCAUCGCAAAUGGAGAAAAUAAGAACGAAAUACGAGGAAUGCCGUAAACGUUGCCUGAAGUACUGA